CAACCGUGUACAUUAACAAUAGAUGCUAAAACAGUUAAUGGAUACACGGCGGGCUCGUACUAUCUUGUUGCUUUAACCAUAGAGGACUUCCCAAAAUCUUCAAUAUCUCUAGACAAUGUGUCUGUGCCAACCACACAACCCUUAAGUUCCAUCCCACUUCAGUUUUUGGUGUUUGUGGAAAAUGUAACAACGACUUGUAUCAGUAGCCCGGUAUUUACUGGAAUACCAUCUGACGGUCAGGAGUUUAUUGUACCAACGGCUAGUUCUUGGCUACAAAGAGUUUAUGUACAGGCCACAAGCGGUAGCAUGCCGUCAGCUAUGAGAUUAUCUGGACCACAGGGAUUGACUGUUUCAGCGUUGCAGCCAGACGAUUUAGGAAGACCUUCCGUUAUGUAUGCAGAUUUAAGCUGGACACCCACACCGCCUAUGAAUGGCAUUAACAUGGUGUGUUUUAUUGCCGAGGAUGAUGCGGGAAGGCAAUCCGAGCAGAGGUGUUUUGUACUUUUAACUGGUUAUCCUGACCCAUGCUCGAGCAACCCGUGCACAAAUGGAGGUCAGUGUGACAUAUCAUUUACGAACUUCACCUGUACUUGUCCGAAAGGAGUUUAUGGAACGCUCUGUGAACACGAUAUUGAUGAAUGUAAACAAGUGCCUUGUGAAAAUGGAGGACAGUGCUUCAACAGAAUUGGUAAUUACACGUGCUUCUGUCGACCUGGUUUUGCUGGAAAGAAUUGCUCAGACUCAGACUAUUGUUCAUCGAAUCCAUGUCAAGGUCAAGGUGAUUGUGUACAUAAUACGACGUUAUCGUCGUUCUCGUGUGACUGUUACCAUGGAUACAGCGGUAAAACUUGUCAAAUAGAUGAAGACGAUUGCACGAGUAACCCGUGCAUGAACGAUGGUGAAUGUAUUGACCUGGUUGGAGGCUUCAACUGUGAAUGCCCCCCACAAUAUACAGGACAACAUUGUGAAGACGAAAUUGACUUCUGUGAUCCGAAUCCAUGUCAAAAUGGUGGCGUAUGCCGGAGGUUGAAAAAUGACUAUGUAUGCGACUGUCCGGAUGACGUCAUAGGUCUUAACUGUGAAAUUUCUAUUGAGCAGAUGUGUAAUGGCGACAAAUCUUACUGCACAUGUCACGUAAAUGGCGAACCUGUCCGUGUUCCUAUACCAGAUCCCGUUAAUGACGAGACUUAUGAACGUGAUUUGAGAUCAGGCGUUAUUGGUUACCCAGUUGGCCUGCUUAUCGGUAUUGGCUGUUGUGCCCUGUUCCAUUACGCUGUUCGUCCUCGAUGCAUAAAGAACGCUGGUCCUAAAAGAAGGAAAAUGUCGUCUGCUAAUUCUCUUUCAUCAUCAAGAUCAACAGUUUAUCCUGCAAGAAUGACUCCACCUCCGCGUUAUUCUACCCUGGAUCUCGUUGCUGAAUCAAAUAUUUGAAUUUCUUGAUAAACAUGAUAAAGUUCUACAGACAUUUAGAUAUGUAUGGCUAAUUGUAACAUGGGGCAUACAUCUCCUUAUCAAGAGUGAAAAAAUAGAAUGUUUUGCGAAAUACAUUAAUAACAAAUUACUCAGACAACAAGAUUUUUUUUAUUGAUUUUGAUAAUUACCUGUAAAGAGUUAUUUUUUUAAUUGGGGGGGGGGGGCGUAGGGGAAGGGAAGUGUUUGAAACGGUGUGGGAAUGUGAAAAUCGAAUAUUCAAAAGAAAUUUUGAGACAUGUUUAUUUGUCUGUCUAUUCAUGAUCAUGGCAUACAUUAAAAAAGAAACAUUGUCUAUAAAAACUUCUCUGAAAUUCUUAUCAUAACAUCGCGGUCGAUGAGACGUUGAAAAUAUUGAUGAGCUGUUUAUGAAUUUUGUAGAAUUUGCAAACGAGAAGAACAAUAAUAAAUGUUAAUUUGUAUCAAAAUUAUUAUCUGCAUUAUCUCCCUUUACAUACCAUCAUACUGCAUUAUUUAUGAAAUGGACUAGUCCGGAUUAAAAAUUCGAGACUGUCCCAUUGUUUUCUUGAGGGAUUUCAUUGUUAAAAGAUAACAUGUAAUGAGGCAUUUUGGGCAUUUUUGUUAUCGAAGACAACAGUACGGCUAUUGACAGGUUAUAUUGCUGUUUUAUAAACGGUCAUUUGCUGUAUAACCUUUUAACUAUUUAUAUUUUGUGACUUGUCACGAGUUAUUCUUAUUCACCUAUUUAGGUCAUUAUUGCUGUUUAAUUUUUAGAGUUUUUAUCAAUUGUUUAUGUACUCCUCUAUGUAUAUAGAAAAGCUAUGUAGACUAGAGUAUAAGUUUUGUAAAUAACUAUGUACAUAUUCUUUUACAUCUACUAUAUUCAUUAUUAAAUGCUUGAUAUUAUUCAAUAUUAUAUUUAUUCUAUUUAAAGAGUCCUAUAUUAAAAUAAAAUACUUUUAAAUA